GGUGCGGUGCACAUCGGUCUGGUUCGUGGUGAAUUUCGAGGCUGAUGCUCUUGGCGGGGGAUCCGGACCCCAGCAGGUCCCAGUCGACGCGAGACGGGGUUCACCCAAUGGACAUCUCCAGAUUCCCCCACGUGUGUCCAUCUCUCGCUGUGAGCGGCUGCGAACAAGAUACCAGGGGGGGCCCCCGGCCAGCCCGCACCCUCGGAUUCUCGACCGACCAACUCGCCGUCGCCAGGCGAGAAACAAGCAAGCUGGCCAAGCCGACCAAGGUACACCCAACACGCGCCGGACCAACCGACAGCUGGUGUAGGCGAGAGCUCGACGAUUCCUUCCCGUGAUGGAACGUUUCUAGAAGAGCGGGCGAGGGGCGAAGGACGGAAACAAGAUGAUGAUGGGGCGUGGGCUCUGGCGUGGUUGUCACCCACCCUCGCACGUCACGGACCGCACCAGGGAAUGCCUCUCUCCGUCUUGCCGUCUAUGCCUCCCCGUAGGGUGUUUAAUAUAUUUAAUCUGCUGGCUGCGGUCACCCUCGCUCCCCUUGCGCGAUGCGAGUCGCCUAUUUGUACCACUCCGGACGCAGUGAAACCGACCCCUUCGCGCGAGAUCCCUACACGUUCACUCACGCCUACUGACACACGCCUACCGCGAAACCAAACCAACAGGCACACGCCCACAUGCUCAUUACUUAUCAUCUCUGUUCUACUCGCGCGGAUCACCGACGGGCACCUAGGUAUACGCACGCUAGUAUCCACCCGUCGAACCACGCUGCCUGAUUUGGCAGGUUGAUUCCCGUUAGCCCCGUCCGACGAUGGUGUGCCUACGCUGCGGUCGUACUUCUAUGGGCGGUGCCGGUGCUACCCAGGGCGCGCGUCAGCCGUCUAGAAAUACGCCUAGCGCAGCCCGUAGGCGACCGGGGCCUGCUGCGACGGAAGCGCGCUGCUUUCAGCUCGUUCACCGAGUCCCUGCUCGAACAAGACCUCGGUCACGAGCCUGUGGUGGGAUUGGGAGGUAGG